AUCGUCCCUCUCGGUUUUUGCUCUUCAGGGAACAAGGUCGUGAAAAUCGGAGGACUUGGUGUGGUGCCGCCAUUUCUUCCGCCUUUGGUCUCUGCACCUGUCGCAGAACUCCCAAAAGCGCUAUGCUGGGACAGAGCAUCCGGAGGUUCACAACCUCUGUGGUCCGUAGGAGCCACUAUGAGGAGGGCCCAGGGAAGAAUUUGCCGUUUUCAGUGGAAAACAAGUGGCGGUUACUAAUUAUGAUGACUCUGUACCUUGGGUCUGGAUUUGCUGCACCUUUCUUUAUAGUAAGACACCAACUGCUUAAGAAAUAAGGAUAUUUUAUUUAAUUCAUGAAGCAGAUACGCAGGGGAGCAUUUUAAGAGGUGCAGUCUCUUUGAAAAUGGAUCAAACUCUUGAGUUCAAAAUACUAGAUGUGUCUGUAAAUAAACUUAUGGCAUGAA